CCCAUCUCACCAUCCUCUCUUGUCCUCCUCUACCUCGCAAUUUAUCACAACCAUCAUGGGCUCCAUCAUCUGGGACGAUGAGCAUCAAUACAUAGGCAAACAGCCCUGGUGGAAAGCCGCCUCCUUCUACCAAGUCUACCCAGCCAGUUUCAAAGACUCCAACAAUGACGGCUGGGGCGAUUUACCCGGUCUCAUCUCCAAGCUCGAUUAUCUAAGCGAUCUUGGCAUCGACGUCGUAUGGGUGUCGCCCAUUUUCGAGAGUCCCCAAAAGGACAUGGGCUAUGACGUCUCAGAUUAUCAGAAAAUCUACGAACCCUACGGCAGCGUUGAAGAUGUCGAUAUUCUCGUCAAAGAAUGUCAUGCGCGAGGUCUCAAGAUCAUUCUCGAUCUUGUAGUCAAUCACACGUCGAUAGAGCACGAGUGGUUCAAAGAAUCAAGAUCUUCAAAGGAUAAUCCAAAGAGGGAUUGGUAUAUCUGGAAACCUGCGAGAUAUGAUGAAAAUGGUGUGAGACAUCCUCCUACGAAUUGGAGAGGAUAUUUCGCGUGCUCGACGUGGACUUGGGAUGAACUUACCCAGGAAUAUUAUCUGCAUCUUUAUGCGCCUGAUCAACCUGAUUUGAAUUGGGAUAAUGAUGAGUGUCGGGAGGCGAUUUACGAGAACACGAUGCGCUUUUGGCUUGAUCGCGGUGUUGAUGGGUUUCGCAUUGAUACCGUCAACAAAUACUCCAAGAGGAGAGAUUUUGUCGACGCGCCUAUCACAGACCCUUCAUCGCCUCAUCAGCCUGCACCCGAAAUGUGGUGCAACGGACCGCGCAUUCAUGAGUUCAUUCACGAGAUGUACGAGAAAGUACUUGGUCCUUACAACGCCGUAUCAGUCGGCGAGCUAUCCAACACGCCUAAUCCUUCACAAGUCAUUCCCUAUGUAUCAGCCGCUGCGAAAGAACUGGACAUGGUGUUUGAGUUCUCCAUGAUCAGACUUGGCAAUGGAAACGGCUUUGGUGACAAGUACAUAUACCAGCCAUUCCCAUUAUCUAAGCUGAAGGCAUUCGUGUACAAAUGGCAGAGCUUCAUUGAGGGUACAGAUGCGUGGGCGACCGCGUUUUGCGAGAAUCACGACAAUGGUCGAGCUGUUGAUCGUUUUGGUGACGCGUCAACGCCAGAGUGGUGGCUCAAGUCAGCGAAGACUUUGGCUAUCUGGCAAACAACGCUCACCGGCACUCUUUUCCUAUAUCAAGGACAGGAAAUUGGCAUGACCAACAUGCCGAGGUCAUGGGGAAUUGAAGAGUACAAGGAUAUCGAGAGCAGCAACUUUUACGCCGAAGCUGUCGCGUCAGGCGAUGAGAAGCGCGUUAGAGACACGAUGCAUGGUCUGCAGAUCAUGGCGCGCGAUCAUUCGCGUAUUCCUUUCCAAUGGGAUGCUUCACCCAAUGCCGGAUUUGCUGGCGCGUCGGCGAAGCCGUGGAUGAGAGUCCACGAUGACUAUCGCGAUAUCAACGUCGCCAAGCAAGUCAAAGAUCCCAACUCCAUUCUCAGUUUCUACAAGGCCAUGCUUCGCCUUCGAAAGCAGUAUCAAGAUAUCUUCGUCUUCGGUUCCUUCAAGCUCCUUGAUCCAGAGGACGAGACAUUAUUUUCAUAUGUCAAAGAGAGCAUUGUACCCGUCAAGGGACGACGGUCUGAGAAGAGGAAGGCUGUUGUCGUUUUGAACAUGAGUCGCGAGGACAGACUUGGUCCGGAUGUUCCUACUGUGUUGGGCUGCUCUAAUGAGGACGUUCGCUUGCUGGCUUAUACGAGGGAAACUGCAGGAGGAUUGAAAGGGGGACGGCCGAUGCUUUCGGGAUGGGAGAGUCGGGUUUAUGUUAACUUUGAGCUGGAAUAG